CUACAGGUCCUACCUGGAUCCAGCAAUCCAUCUACCUGGCAGCCUUAAAAGCCGCCCGCACACGCACAGAUUGCAUCAUUUGGCCUCCAACGGGCGGAGAGUAAGGAGAACGUUCAGAUUCGUUUCGAUUUGCAUAGCAAGUAAGAGGAACUCGUACGGCUGCAAAGAUACAUCCUGGAAAAUGACAGAACCAUCGGUGAGCUAUGCCCUCUAUCUGCACCGCCGGGAGCUGGGGCGUCCCAAGCGCCGGCUGAUGCGAAUUGCCAGCACCAAGCUGCAGUUGACAAACGAGCUCAUCCAGCUGCAGCAGCGCCGGCAGUGGGAGUCGGCCUUUGACCCCAACUUUGAUGCCGAGGCGAGCAUCCAGCAGAGCAGCGCCCUAAACCGGGAGCGGGAAUAUCGCGACAGAUUGAAGCGCAGUAUGCAGCGGCAACUCGAGAAGCAGCAGCAGCGACAACGCCAACAUCUCGAGCAAAUGGGCAAGCUUUAAGAUAUCAGAUAUCAGCACAGAGACAAAAACUGCGUAUUUAGAAUAAACUAUGGAAAUAAUUCCUAAGAAACCCAGAGUUCCUUCAAAUGUGAUAGCGAAAAUAGUUUCCUAAAUCCUAAUAUUAAUAGUUGUUUUUACUAACUAAGUCAUGUUUUACUUUUAAUAAAAAUACUAAUAUGAAAAAGAA